UAAACAAGAAGCAGCAGCCUUCAUCAGUCAAUCUCCAAAAAAGUUGUGGAGAAAAUAAUAUUACGUUUGGGAAGCGAGAAAGUGCGAGAAAAUGAGCGGAGCAGGAAAGAAAGUAGUGGAUGUGGCUUUCAAAGCAGGAAAGAGCAUUGAUUGGGAAGGGAUGGCGAAGCUUUUGGUCUCCGAUGAGGCUCGCAAAGAGUUCGCCACUCUUCGUCGCACUUUCGAUGAAGUUAACUCCACUUUGCAGACCAAGUUCAGCCAGGAACCUGAGCCUAUCGAUUGGGAAUAUUAUAGAAAAGGAAUCGGCUCGCGAUUGGUGGAUAUGUACAAAGAGGCUUAUGAGAGCGUAGAGAUCCCCAAGUUUGUUGACACAGUCACUCCUCAAUUCAAACCGAAAUUUGAUGCAUUGUUGGUUGAAUUGAAAGAAGCAGAGGAGAAAUCUUUGAAAGAGUCCGAGCGUUUGGAGAAAGAAAUUGCCGACGUUCAGGAACUGAAGCAAAAGAUCAGCACCAUGACAGCAGAUGAGUACUUUGAGAAACAUCCCGAACUGAAAAAGAAAUUCGAUGAUGAGAUCCGCAAUGACAAUUGGGGCUAUUGAGACAUGUUUGGUAAUAUAAGGGUCAGGCUAUAAAACAGUCCCAACCAGUAUUUCUGAGUUGGUCUUAUCAUUUCUUUUGUUGUUUUAACCCCAAAUGAUGAUUACCGAAACUCUGUUUUUUGUGGUAAUUUCAUCGGGAACUAAUAAUAUUAUAAUUCACUUGAGAACCAAAGUGGAUAUUGCAAGACAUGCUUUUCAUUUAAGUGGCAUCCAUGUUCAUGAGUUA